AUGAUACACUCUAAAUUGGUGUUUCUACCUCAUAUCCUUUUCGUUCUGCUGACACUACUCGUGUCAGUUGAAGCUGGUUGGAAGAAAUGGGAAGCAACCAAUUUCUGUAAAUGCAUUUGCUUCCAGACGAGCUCUGCAAUCUUAACCUUGAAUAUACCUGAUAAUCCAUCCCAACCUUGCUUAUCUUGCACAAAGCAAUGGUGCUUGAAUCAAAAUCUACCUAUCUGCGCGGGGGCUACCAUUGGCAACACAGAUCCUGACACCGCUACUGGAAAGGAGGGCACCGUAGAGGCUAGAUGCUUUCAACGCGACUCACCUCGGGAUCAGCUGGUGGUGACUUUGUUCCUGUUGACAGUUUUCGGCCUUCUGCUUGGUGCUGGUAUCAAGACCCGCAUGCUGAAAGCCGGGAUAACUGCAGAGUUACCUUGGAAUCGACGAAACACUAAUGCAAGAUGGUGGGAACCCUGGAUUCCACGACGAGACGAGCCCGAUGGUCCCCUUGGUUUGACCCGUUUUGGAAGAACUGCUGUCCCUUCAGAUUCACGAGGUGGAUAUGGCCCAGUCUCUGACAAUUAA